GCUUCCAUCCGGGGCCUGGGUCUGUUCCUGCCGUGGGGACUGCAGUUGGAGUCGCGGCCGAGACAGAACCCUGAGGACACCCGCCCUGGGACCGCGCCCAGGGUGCAGCCCCGCUGCGAGGGGAGGCCCCGGCCCUUGGGAUUGGGCUCGUAGGGGGUGGAGCUCUGCUUGCCCUGCGCUGGCACUGCUUCUUGCAGCUGGAGUUGGUGCCUCUCGGCGGCCGGUGGCGGAGGGCGAGAGGAGGGGGAAGAAGGCACAGCUCUCAUCCUUACCGGCCGCUCUGCUUCUGCAGCUCGGCGGCUCCCUGUCCGGGCGCCCGCCAUGGAGAAGUACCAUGUCCUGGAAAUGAUCGGCGAAGGCUCCUUUGGGCGCGUGUACAAGGGGCGCCGGAAGCACAGCGCCCAGGUGGUGGCCUUGAAGUUCAUCCCCAAGGUGGGGCGGUCUGAGAAGGAGCUGAAGAACCUGCAACGAGAGAUCGAGAUCAUGAGAGGCCUCCAUCACCCCAACAUCAUCCAGAUGCUUGACAGCUUUGAGACUGACAAAGAGGUGGUGGUGGUGACUGACUACGCAGAGGGGGAGCUCUUCCAGAUCCUGGAGGAUGACAGGACUUUGCCUGAGGACCAGGUCCAGACUAUAGCUGCCCAACUGGUAUCUGCUCUCUACUACCUGCACUCCCACCGCAUCCUGCACCGCGACAUGAAACCCCAGAACAUCCUCCUGGGCAAAGACGGCGUUGUCAAGCUCUGUGACUUUGGGUUUGCCCGUGCCAUGAGCAUUCACACCAUGGUGCUGACCUCCAUCAAGGGCACCCCACUGUACAUGUCCCCUGAGCUGGUGGAGGAGCGGCCGUACGACCACACAGCGGACCUGUGGUCUGUGGGCUGCAUCCUGUAUGAGCUGUUUGUGGGCACUCCUCCCUUCUACACCAGCAGCAUCUUCCAGCUCGUGAGCCUCAUUGUCAAUGACCCUGUCAAAUGGCCUGUGGCCAUGAGCCCAGUCUUCAAGAGCUUCCUGCAGGGACUGCUAAUGAAGGACCCGCGCCACCGCCUGUCAUGGCCAGAGCUGCUCUCUCACCCCUUCAUUGCUGGAUGGGUUACUGUGAUUGAUGACACAGAAGAGCAUGGAAUCUCAAAUCCCUUCACCACUAAGCCAUCUCCAGAGCUGCAGGCCCUAAAGGAGCAGCAAGCCCAUUCUGUGGCUCCCAGGAGUGGCCAGUCCAAGAUCCUGAGAAAGGCCCGGCAGAAGGUGGCUGAGGAGGCACAGAAAAAGGGACAACUGCAGGCAGGUGAUGCAUCUACAAAGUCCCAAGGCAAAGGAUGUGCAGGGCAUAGUGCCAGAGCAGCCCCAAGGAAGGCAGCCCUUGGACAGGGGGACCCACUGGCUGCCCCUGAUGAGAAGAAACCUGAUGUCCUACAAGGAAAGAGCAUCAUGGCAGAGUGGGAACUGAAGGAGCCACCUCCCAGCCCAUGGGAGCAGAGCAUCACUCGAGACUAUGACCGGGAGUUUCCUGGAGCAGGUUUCCGUUCACAGCCUUGGGCUGGCAGGGCAGAGGCCCAGGGCAGGCACAGCAUUGAGGCUGUGGACCUGGAGAUUGAGGAGCUGGAGAGUGAUGAGGAGUGGCAGCAUCUGAUCGAGACCACCGAGCCAUCAGCCAUGCAGCUGAGAAUACCACUGAGUCUCCUGAGAGACCCAGCCUUCCGGCACCGUAUCCAGGCCCGCCUGGCAGACUGUGCUCAGCAGGUGCUGGAAGGGAUGCUGGAGGGAGCCUCCCAUCUCCGUCCUGUGCUGCGUGUCAUAGGCAACCUCCUGGCUACCCGGUGUGACUCUGAGCUGCUGGACCACUUCUGCCGAGAGCUGAAUGUGCCUCUCUCCCUGCUGCAUCUAGCCAAGCAGAUCCUAGAGAGCGGUAACACCAAGCAGCAGCCCUGGUGUAUCACAGUGCUGACAGACCUCAUCAUGGUGACCACAGUGUAUUUCAGCAGUGAAUGCAGUCCAGAGGAGAGUGGGCAAAAGGACAGCCUGCAAGCCUUCCAGGAGAGUGCUGCCUGCUUCCUAUCCCUGCUGCCAGAGCUGCUGGCUGACCCAGCUGACAGCGAGAUGAGACUCUGCCAGCAAAGCCUCCUGUGCUUCACCCUGCUCUGUGAGAGCCUGGAUGCGACAUACCACUCUGUCGCUGCCUGCUUUUAUGCCAGCCUGCGAGAAGAUCAUCAGCCCCUGCUGAACAGACUCCUUCAGGGAUCCAUCCCAGAGCAGCUUGCUCUGCGAGGUUCAGCAAUGGAGGCCAAGUCAGCCGAUGAUCAGAGCCCACAUCUGGCAGACCUCUUCAUGGCUGCACUGGCUGCUGCCUGCAGCAUUCCAUUGGAGAGGAACAGCUGUCGGGAAGCCAAGCAGCAGGUUGCUCAGCAGGUAGCUGAAAAGCUUAUGAAGGAAGAGAGCCGACAGCUUGGGAGACUGCUGGGGAGACUGGAGCACCCAAGCUGCUCCUUGAAUGUGCUGAAGAUCCUCUAUGCUGGCUGCCAUGUCAGCCUGAGCCUGUGCCAGCACCUGGGCAGAAGCCAACGACUGUGGCGUUCCCUCAUGCAGCUCUCAAAGGGCGAGGUCCCCAUGGCAGAGGUGGCCCGGGGGGCAGCCUGUGAGGCCUCUCUACACCUGCUGGCCCUGCUCACCCUGCAGCUCCAGGUCUCCCCUCCCAGGCUUGAGGAGAUGGUUACCCUGGCUGUGGAUCACAUCACCCACUCUCCUGUCGUCUCCCUUGUGGGGGCUGCAGCAUUCCUCCUGGCACAGCUCAGUCAGCAUGGGGUUGCCUUGGAGCUCAGAGGAAAAGAGAUCCUACUGGUGGUGACAAAUGCACUGACAGCACCUGCUGAGCUGCAGCUCCCCCCACCAAUGGCUGCUGGUCUCUAUGAUGGGCUCUUUUUCCUCCUACUGAAGCUCCUUGCCCAGGAGGACAUGGCCAUGGAGCAGGGCUUUGCUGCCUCAGAGCUGUGGACUGUGGUGUGGCAAUGUGUUGCUGUGGUGCUUUGUGCGGGCAGCAACCGGGCAGCACUGGAGAGAGAGUCCAUAGGGGCAGGUGACCCCACUGCAGAGCCAGACUGGAACCUCCUCUCCCCUCAAGGCACCCUGCUCUUCCUUAGCCUGGCCCUCUUUGUCUUCACUCGUGAGUCCCAUUGGUGCCUGAUGCAGCUCACCCCAUCCCAUGGUGUCCUCAUGGUGACACUGAAGAGGCUGCUGUCCCCUGGCUUCCUUGCAUGCCUGGCACAGACGCAAGCAGGGGAGGAUGGGGACCCUGAGCUUGUCCCAGCUGUGGUGAUCAAGGCCUGCCAGCUCCUCUGUUGCCCUUUUGCCCUGGAAGUGGAUGGAGACGCCUUAGCACUGGUCACAGAGGCUGUGAGAGACUCUCAGAUCCCAGCCCAGCUGCUGCAGGUCUGCUCUUGCCAUCUGCCUUUCUCAUACACUGAGCUUCCCAUGAGCCUCUUGUGCCACCUUGUUGUGUCUGAUGAGGAGGUCAUAGACCAACUGGUGAGGGAAGCUGCUGCUUCAGAGCACGUCGCUGCCUUCUUGACGUCUGUCUUGUUUUCAGACAGCCUCACACUCACAACUGAGCUCCUGUCUCUCUUGACCCAUGUGGCCCGGGCCUACCCAGAGCACCUGCCCUUUCUCCAGAGGAUUCUAAGGGGCUUGGAUGUGGCUGACCAGCCACUGACACACCUGCUUUGCCACCAGCACCACCUAAUACGGGCCAAAACCUGCAACCUGCUGGGCAACCUGCUCCGACACAGCCAUGGCUUUUCCCAGAUGCUGCAGAGCCACCCUGGUUUGCUGGAGAGCCUGUUAGGGUGCCUGGCCGACCCAGAGGAUAGUGUGCGCAGGGAGGCCAGCUUUGCAAUGGGCAAUGCUGCUUACCACCCGUGCUGCCCAGCCGGGGCCCUGGGCCAAGCCGUGCCCUGGCUGAUGCGGCUGCUGAGUGACGUGCAGGCUAGGACAUGCUGCAACGCGGCCUCAGCCCUGGGUAACCUGGGCCAGCACUGGGAAGAGCUGGGGCAGCUGCUGCUGGAGAGUCAGGCCCCACGCAUCCUGCUGGAGGUGGCCUGCCGGGACCCCCGGGACAGCGUGCGGGAGGGAGCCCUGGCUGCACUGCGGACCCUCAGCCAGCACCCCGGGACCCAGCAGGUGCUGCUGUCCCUGGGAGCCCGUGAGAAGCUGGCCGCGCUGGCCAGCGGCAACUUGCAGCUCGCUGCUGGUGGCUGCCUCCGGCUGCCUUCCGCCCGGCACUGCAAGAAGCUCCUCUGCCUCUUGGCCGCUGCGCACCGCCCCUCUGGACCCCUCGAUCCCGGAAGGGCAGCAGUCCCGCACUCGCGGUGAGGGCUGGCACCUGGGCUCAGCCUGGCGCUGCCUUCGGUGGGACGGGACGGGACAAACGCUUCUUCCUUCCUUCUCCUCGGGCUCCAGUCCCGACCGCCCGUGGGUGCCAUUUUGUGGGGCUGUCCCACCCGGCCAACUUUACCGGGGCCCUCUCCGUGGGAAGCCCCUCCUGAAAAAGUGCCUGUAGACGUCAACAAACCGCCUCUUUCUAAGAGGCCUCCCGGGCCGUGUCCGACCACCGGAGCUGUGCUCUUCUAUCGCGGGCUCUUCCCACUGUGGCGGGCACCGGAGCCCAGGCUCGCUCUCCGCCGCGCUGCUAGGGGGCGCCGUGCACCAUGAGGUGCGGCCCGCUAGCGCGGCUCCCGCGGUGGUUGCCGGGAGGUGUAGUCACGUGGCGGCGCCGCCCCGGAUCCCUAUGGUAACGGCGGCCGUGCGGGGAGCGGCGGGGUCGGGGGCGCCGGGCGGGCGGCCAGCAAGGAUGCUGCUGUAGAUGACUGACUCACUUGUGCCUAUAUGCUGUGGCUCUAUAUGGCCUCUGCAGGACCCGAACGCACUAGUCCAGGCACCAAACAGAAGAGUGUCUGGGUUGAGUCUGGCACCCUUCCAGCAGGGAGAGCUGAGCAACACCUCACUUGGCAGCAGGCAAAA